AUGGAGUUUCUUGAGAGAACUUCCCUUCUGAAUGACCAAGCUACUAAGAUGUACACCUUCACUCUAGACAGCAGAGAACUUCGACAGAAACUUGUGAAUAAAGAUGGGUGUCCUGGAGACAGGCCAGAGCAGCCAGAGGCAGAAGGCAUCUAUCACUGCCACAGCAAUGCCAAGGCUACAGAGAACGGCUCGAGCAAGCAAGUGCAUGCCAAGAGGAGACUCUGUGCAGCUUCAGCGAUAUGCUUCAUCUUCAUGGUGGCAGAGGUGGUCGGUGGACACCUUGCUGGGAGCCUUGCUGUCAUCACCGAAGCCGCUCAUCUCUUAAUUGACCUGACCAGUUUUCUGCUCAGCCUCUUUUCCUUGUGGUUGUCAUCACGGCCUCCCUCCAAGCGGCUGACCUUUGGGUGGUACCGAGCAGAGAUCCUUGGGGCCCUGCUGUCUGUCCUCUGCAUCUGGUUGGUGACUGGUGUCCUGGUAUACCUUGCCUGUGAGCGCCUACUGUAUCCCGAUUACCAGAUCCAAGCAAGCAUCAUGAUCAUCGUUUCAGGCUGUGCGGUGGCAGCCAAUAUUGUACUAACUGCAAUUUUGCACCAACGGCACCUUGGCCACAACCACAAGGAUGCACAAGCUAAUGCCAGUGUCAGGGCAGCCUUUGUGCAUGCCCUUGGGGAUGUAUUUCAGAGCAUCAGUGUGCUAAUUAGUGCUCUCAUUAUCUACUUCAAGCCAGACUACAAAAUUGCGGAUCCAGUGUGUACAUUUAUCUUUUCCAUCCUGGUUUUGGUCAGUACCAUCAUGAUCUUAAAAGACUUCUCCAUCUUACUCAUGGAAGGUGUUCCAAAGGGCCUGGACUACAACAGCGUGAAAGAGCUCAUCCUCGCAGUUGAUGGCGUGGUGUCCCUGCACAAUCUGCACAUCUGGUCUCUGACAGUGAACCAAGUGAUCAUCUCUGUCCAUGUUGCUACAGCUGCCAGCCAGGACAGCCAGUCCCUGCAGACAAGGAUUGCCCGUGCCCUCCACAGUUGCUUUGAUCUGCACUCCCUCACCAUUCAGAUAGAAUCUGCAGCAGCCCAGGACCCCAGCUGCCUUUUCUGUGAAGAGCCACAGGACUAGCUCCGUCACGCUGCCAGCUUCCUGUGUUUCACAGGCUAUGACAAGCUGCUGCAAAGUUUCUGUAACACACAAUUAAGCAACCAAUGGAAUAGAUAUGAGCAAGCCAGGACAGUGUAACGUGCUCAUUCUCCCUUUUUAUUUAUCUCCAUCUACCGUGAAUGAAGACGCAUGAGACCAUCAGUUUCUUGGAUUCUUUUCAUAAUCAGUAGUUGUGUCCAAUUAUAGGAAUGCAUGUAUAGAUUACUCCUAAUCGGGAGGCUGAAAUAGCAGAUGCUUGCAACCACAGAUAAUAAAUGGUUCACUUCCCUGCAAUAAUGGGUGUAGUUGAAUUCAGGAAUGCCUUUCCAGGAGUCCUCAGCAUGAGAAACAAAUAUCUGAAGAGAAUCUUAAGGCAUCAGAACUCGGCUCUUCCCCCAUCCCCAAUGAGACAUACAUUAUUUGAGAAAUGGUGGAAUUCCCGCUUUUAAUAUUGUAGGUAAAUUAUGGUGCGAUGUGUGUAAGCUAUUGAAUUAUAUUUUACAUGACCACAGUGCUCUAUGUUAAGCUACUGAAUUAUGUUUUAGUUCUCAGUGCAAAGGGUAUGGGAGAAGGAAAAGUUCUGAAAUUGCUAACUUUUGAAUGCUUUCAUAAAGUGUAAGUUAAUAAUGCAAGAAAAUGAGGAGUCAUGAAACAGGAUGUUUCUUAUCCAGGUCACAUGGAAAGGAAUUCAAAGGAUUAAGAUGAAUGUUAAAUAUUGCACAAUAUUUAUGGAUCACUGUUGUUCAAUAGCUAUAUUGCAUUUUCUAAUGGAAUAAUUUUUAGAAUUUCAUCUUAAUACUAUUAUUAUGUA